AUGUGUGACUACACUCAAGUCGAAUUCCGCUGCGGCCACGUUCGUUAUACCGUCAGAGCUUGGUGUACCAAUUACGAGACGACACAUAAACGGUGUCCGCCGUCAGUGGUAGCUAUUGAAUUCAGGCUCGAUGAAAGAUGUGGCGAGUACCAUAUCCCCACAUUGUCUCGGACUAGCUAA